AUGGGUGGUGAAGAACUAAUAAGUGAUUAUUAUAAUAGCGUUGCAAAGGUGAACCAAAAGUAUAAAAACAAAGCUACACUUGUCUGGGUAAUGCGUAACUAUGCAAUCAAGCACAGGUUUAAUUUCAAAGCUGAGAGAUCUGACAAGCAGAGUUAUGUCUUGCUAUACAAAUCGCCGAAAUGUAGUUGGGUAUUCAAGGCGUCCUGUAAGCAUGGUACUGAUACAUUUAUAGUACUUACUUUCAACGAUGAACACACCUGUUCAAUAAUGGACAAAGUAUUUGAGCAGCAGCAUGCAACCAUUGCCUUUGUAGCUGGAAUAACAGCUCCAAAGUUGGUGAACUACAAAAGAAUAAUCACCCCAAGCGACAUUAUUGAAGAUAUAAAAAUAAAACUUGGUUUAGACAUAGAUUACAUAAAGGCGUGGCGUUCUAAAGAACGUGCUUUAAAGAUAUUGAGAAGGCGACCAGCUGACGAAUAUAAGAAAAUACCUACCUACGUAUUCAUGUUAAACCAUAAGUCUCCGGAUAAUCAGUUCAUGUAUCUAUUCGUAGCACUACAACCUUUUAUUAGGGGAUUUGGGUUUUGUAGGUCUGUUGUGGUAGUAGACGGUAGACACAUGAGAGGACCAUAUCAGGGAACAUUUAUUUUAGCUAGCACACUUGAUGGAGCAGAUAUUGCACGUAGUGAUUUAUUUAUUUUCUUACAAAUGAUGCAAUUCAAGUGUGCUUUCGGUGAGCGCGAUAAUAUGUGCAUUGUCUCUGAUAGACAUGAAAGCAUAAUCAAGGCAGUUGGUGUGAUCUAUCCGUGUAUACCACAUUUUGCUUGUAUUUGGCAUCUUUGGAAUAAUGUCUGCACGAAUUAUAGAAAGAGUAAGGACAAGCUGACCGGCGAGUUUUUUGCCAUGGCUAAAGGACAAGUUGACCGGCGAGUUUUUUGUCAUGGCUAA